AUGGAUGCUUCUCGACUGCAGCCGACUGGCCGCUCUCUGGCAGAUCAGCAGGACAAGGCGCGUAGGAUGAAAGAUGCGCAGGAUCUUUACGAUACGAUUGUGCGGAAUGCAGAGCGGUCAGGAAAUGCUGUGCCGCCAUAUGACUUUUUGGAACUGAUCGGGAAGGGCGCGUUUGGUCGAGUGUACAAGUGCAGGGAUCAGAGGAACGGAAAUUUGGUUGCUGUGAAGAUCGUGAAUAUCGACGAGCAGGAUUGGUCUGAGGGUUUCGCUCUUGGUGAUGCCCGCGAUCAGACGAUAAGGGAUUUCAAGAAAGAGGUCAGCAUUUUGCAACAACUGAAGGACAACAACGCAAAGAACGUCAACCUCAUCCACGAUGCCUUUGAUUGGCACUCGCAGCUCUGGAUCGUCGCCGACUACUGCACAGGUGGUAGCGUGCGCACACUGAUGCGGCCAUUCGAGAAGGACGGCAAGUCUCAAGGCUUGCCAGAGAAGUACAUCAUCCCCAUCGCACGAGAGCUGGCGAUGGCGAUGAAGUCCAUCCAUGACCUGCACAUCAUUCAUCGCGAUAUCAAGUGCGCAAAUGUCUACAUUACCGAACAAGGCAAGAUUCAGCUCGGAGACUUCGGUAUCGUUGGCGUCAUAGACAAUGACAACACCAAGCGCAAGACAGUCAUUGGAACUCCACAUUGGAUGCCACGCGAAAUCAUUGAAGCUCUUGGCGAAGACAAUACGAGGGAGGGUUAUGGCAAAGAGGUCGACAUCUGGUCAUAUGGCUGCACCGUAUACGAAAUGGCUACCGGCUCCCCACCGUACUCGAAUAAGUUUCCGGAUAUGAUACCUAGUCUCAUCGACACGUCGCCACCACAACUCGAAGGAAGCCAAUACUCCGCUGGCUUGCGCGAUCUUGUGACUUUCUGUCUCAAUCCCGACAGACAUGCACGUCCAUCCGCAGCCGAGAUCCUUGAUCAUCCGUAUCUCAAGGGCUCAAGUAGAGCCUAUUCUACUAAUCAUUUGGUCGAGUUGAUCGAGAAAUUCAUGGUCUGGGAGCAUGGAGGAGGCUCUCGUGCUUCUCUAUGGAUGGCAUCUCCGGCCGAUGCCCGCAAUAUGCGAGGCAAUGACGAUGAUGAGAAAGAGGUUGAAGACGAGACGGAAGAUUGGAACUUCAGCACUUCAGACGACUUCGACCAAGAGUUUACC